GUGGUUGGCGCGCAAGGUACAGAAUGGCGGCGGUGCUGGAGCUGCUGCUGCAGGAGCGGGUCACAGUGGACGAAGUGUUGCGCUGGGUGACGCACACGACGCAGGAAAGCCGUGUUGAUCCCACUCUUGCCUCACUUUACCUGCUUCGAAAAGACUUUGUCCCCUUUUUGCUCAAUUAUCUGCGCGAACAGACCAGUCAGAUCCUGAGUAAUGGUCCGUCUACCCCUGCAAAAACUCCAACUUCCAAGACUAGUGCAAAAGCUGUUAAUGUUAGCAGCCAAAGACCCAUCCCAGAAAGAAGAGCCAACAACUCAGCCGGACAUCGUGGAAGUCGAAUUCAGCUUUUUGCACAAACCCCCAAUAGUUCAUGUGCUUCAGAUACUUUUUUGUCCCCAAACUCUGUAUCAAGUGACUCCCCUUUUAUGACUAGGUCAAACAUGAGUAGAAUAUCUUUUCAGACUAGUCCAAAUUCAAGUUGCAGCCCUACCCAACACCACAGUGAAAAGCGAUCAGCACAGAAAGCUAAUUUUGGAAACUUUUUGGUGCUGACUCCAGAAGGACACACAAGUAGAAGAGGCAAAAGGAAGAACAAUACAUCCAAUCGUCAUGCUUCCAAAGACCUAGGCCGGCUCUCCUUGGAAGAUGAGGCGCAAAUGGAGAACAGUAUGUGGAGUAUGCAGAGGAGAAAGCAAGGGUGUGCUAAUACAAGCACCUCACCUGAUAGUGCCCAGCUAAACCUCACCAAUUUGGAAGAAUUUCCUCCCAUGGGAGCUUCCUGCGAGUCUGCAAGCAAAUCAAAACCAUCACGAAGGAUCAAUCCUACUCCGAUCAACGAUGCACAUUCCAAGUCCAGGCUGUGUUUUACCUCCACUCCAAUGGGUCCCUCCAGUAUGAGGCACAGUCAAACAGGAAUGGGUGUGUUUACCAGUGUACAAGAAGGUGCCUGCACCCCUUCCAUGGGAAGUUUACACGAGGAGAGGGAGAUACUGCGCAAAGAAAGGUCCAAACUGCUGCAGCAAACUUCGUCCCCAGUUGUGCUAGAUCCUGUCACUCCUACCAAACAGAGUUACAGCAGAAACGCCAGUGUUUCAGUAGAUAUCGUGUCGUAUACUGACCCUGACAAAGUGUCUUGUAAAAGAUAUCUGAAGGUCCUGGCUGAGCUUUAUUCCUCUUGCAUUGCAGAAAAUUUAGUGCCAAAUAUAUUUCUGGAGUUCUUUUUUGUUCUGCAACUGCUAACAUCCAGAGGACCAUCUGGUACAGAUGACUGCGAGCUGGAGAUCACGCGAUGUAUCAAAGAUGCUGUGGAACAGAAACUCUUUCAGAGUGUGCACAAUUGUGUCUGGUUUGCAGUUCUGGUCCUCGAUUUUCAGUUUACUGUGAUUUCACUCUUGGAUAAAAGCACCUUGAAGCUUCUCGCAGAGAAUGAACGUAUUGGUGCAUUUUCUCCUACCUUGCAAGAGAGACUUUUGGAAGCCUACAGGACCAGUACAGGGAAGGUAUCCCUUCUGCUUCCAUCAACUUUGCAUUCAGUGUCUUUCCAGCCAGAGACUGAUAACCGUUCCAAUUUUCCAAGUGAUAGAUCAUUCCAUAUCUUUAAAAAGCAGAGAGACAUUUUCUAUGAGCUUCUACGCGAGUGGGAGGAUUGCCAUGGAAAGACUGACUGGGACUUUGAGCGUGGUUUGGGCAAUAAGAUAAGGGCUAUGAUGUUAAACCUCUCUGUAGCCUGUAAUCACAGUCAUUUUGCAAGGCUCUUUCAGAGGCAGCUAGUUCAGAUGUGCAAGGGACCCACUGGAGGGAUGGGAGGUGUUGGCAGUGGUGAUUAUCCUGACCAAGAUGUACUCAACAUGCUUGGGUCUGAUAACCUUAACAGAUUGAAACGUCUACAGGAGAGAUUUGUGACUCCUCAGAGUGUUGGUGGCCCUUGUCCUCCUCCUUCUUUUCCUGGGUACCAGGAGUUCUUCAGAGACUUUAUUCUCAGUGCUGGAAACUACCAGUUUAAUCAGCACCUAAUGGAUAGUCUGUGCCAAGAAAUACAAGAGCUGGAUGAAAAUUCCGUUGUGGGGCGAGAGACAACAGAUGUAGAGUUGGAUGUGGAAGAACAGGAUGAAAAAGUACGCUUUGCUUCAAUUCUACUGACUCUACGGCUUCUGGCAAAGUUUCUGGGGUUUGUGACUUUCUUACCGUACAGGACCACAGAAUCUCUCUCCAGCGAAUUACAGGAAUCUGCAGUUUCCUUAAGGAACCAGACCCUCCCAAUGUUAAAUGUCUUGCAGUUGCUCAGACGCUCCAUACAGGACCAUCGUACAGUGUUGACUGUUCCUUGGGCAGUGGAAUAUCUGUCAUUGGUGGAUUGUGUUGCCCCGUACCUUGAUUAUUACAGAAAAGUGUUCUGCCUUUUACUCCAUCUAUACAGGAAUAAAUUGAUCCUGACAGAUGAGAAAGAGAUGAGCUUCCUAAACAAGCUGCUGCUUCUUGCGGUUCUAGGCUGGCUUUUCCAGGUGCCAGCGUUGCCAGAGGAAUUGUUUUUCAACAGUGAAGCUGUUCAGGAUGAGAUUUCAGUGGAGUUGAUGUUGUCCGUACAGGGGCUGGACAGCGUACCAUUGGUGGAUCAACAACUGUUAUACAACUGUUGUCCUUAUAUUGGUGAACUGAAGAAAUUGCUUGUUUCUUUUGUGGCUGGCUGUGGAGCAAAGAAUGGGGGUUUCAUAAGAAAAAUCACUCCCACUGCUGCAGAACCUCUGAUGCCAAAACCAACAUUAUCACAAAAAAAACUUCAGGCAGAACUGGAACAAGCAUUCUUCCAUAACCAGCCUCCAUCUCUACGUAGAUCCGUUGAAUUUGUGGCUGAACGUAUUGGGUCCAACUGUGUCAAACACAUCAAGGCGACUCUGGUGGCAGAUCUUGUGAAACAAGCAGAGACCAUCCUGAAGGACAAAGUGACAGAAGACAGUGCAGAAAAUAGCAGGCUGCUGGACAGCGUGUGUGUCCAGCUCUGCGAGGAUGGACGGCAGGCUCUGCACAGAGGCCAAGAAUACUGCAAGAAAAAGGCUCCAGAGGCUGUCAGAAUGCUGCUACCUGAGGAGACGUCUAAAUGUGUUCUGCGUAGUGCUGAAGAAAUUGCUGUGUCCUUGGCAAUAGAGAAGGCAUGCACAUGGUUGAAUACAAACAUCUCAGUAUUAAUUAGGAGGGAGGUAAAGGCUACGUUAAAUCACAUGGUAAAGGCACAAAGUACAAUAUCCUCAGUAGGUACGGACGUGAAGAAGGGGUGCCGGGAAGGCUGUGAGCACAGAGUAACACUCCCUUCUGUGCUUGUUAUAGAGGUAAAGGAAAUUCUGUGCAUUGCUCUUGGGCCACGUUAUAUUGAGGAAGGAGUGGAAAUUGCAGAACUGGAAAGUUUUAUUGAUCGUCUAUCAGAAACUCUCAAUUGUCGUAAAUAUCUGACCACCACAACAGAGCAUCAUCUUGCUAAAUGCACAGUGGAGCUGGCUUCACAUCUAGUGUCCGAUCAGGUUCCCUUGAUGGGUUCCAUGACUUCACAGGCAGAUCCUGUUCAGGCGCAGAACAGGAAGCUUGAAGAAACCAGACGUGUCCUGACAUCUUUACUUGAUGUCUGGAGGAAUGAUUUCAGGGUUCCAGUACCUGUACAGCUAAUGCUUAGUCACAAAAAUAUCACAAACAUUAAGCAUAUUCAGAGGUGCAAGUGGGAACUAUUGAUGUUCGUGCUACAACAGCUGGCUGGAAUGGGACUGCUAAAGCAUGCCGAUAUCAGCAGACUGCAGGAAGCCCAGCGGACUUCAGACUUGUUGGUGGAGCUGGAUAGAUUAGUACUUGGAUCUGAAACUCUAAGAAAACCUGAGGAACCAAAAGACUCACCACAUAUACAUGUGAGACACAAAGUAACAGGAAUCAUAGCUCCCAGCUAGUCCCAGAAUCAGUCCUUGUAUAUUCAUUGCUGCUGCUGCUAUUUGUGCUACGCUUCUCACCUGUGAGUAAAUAAGGACAAUGAACUGUCGGUGACCAUACACCUGCUACCUGCAGCUAACUCACAAGUGACUCUGACCUGUAAGCACAUCUUUAUUCAGAUUUUAUAUUUAUCUGUAAAUAUUUUAUAGAGGGAUAUGUGUAUUUUUAUGGAACAGUAACACAGUAAGCAACUGACAUGGAUCUGCAGCACAUGCAGAAUGUGUUUCACUUUUUAGUAGACACGUUGCCUAAUAGGCACAGGUGACGGGUCCACUGUCAUCCCUAUUUUACUUACCUUAAAUGUAUUCAGAAAUGUUUGUUUCAAAAAGAGUGUUGGGACCUAUUCUCGGGCACGGUCUCGUCAAACAGCUGGAUGGCAGGGUGUCUGUAUUCGGACCUCCCACCAAUCAGCUAUUGAUUAGCUAUUCUGAGUAGGUCACCAACAUUUUACUGGCAGAAAACCCCUUGAAAGUUAGUCUGCCACCUCCAAUAUCAGUCUCAAAGCAAGCAUGCCACCAUGUAUGGUGGGUGCCCCAAACCAUACCUUUUUGGUGAAAAUCCAGUCCUGUAAUCCUGAGAACUUCUUGUAGUUUUUUUUGCAAAUAAGGUCCUGGACUGUCAACCAAAUAAGAGGAUGAGAAGUUGGGUGGCAUUAAUGGCAUUGUGAUGGUGCACCAAAGACCUUAUUUCCAUAGAAAUAAAGAGAAGCAUAUUUCAGGAUUUUCACAAGUUAUGGUUAUGUUUCAGGGCACCUACCCUCUACAUGUCGCUUGUGCUUACUUUGAAACUAAUUUUGGAGGUGCCAGGCAUCCUUGAAACCAACUGUCAUCAAGGUCUUUUACUUACUAUCACUGGAUCUGUGUCUUGAAUUUUAGUAAAUCAUUUUUUUAAUCUAUAUUAAAUCACAAAUUCUGUGUUUAUAACUCUCUGUGUGGAAGAGUUGGCUCUGAUUUUAUAUAUUAGAGUAACUAAACUUUUGAAUACAUUUUUGUUGAAAUGUCCCUAAUGUCAUAAUAGCACUUUUUGUAAUAUACUUUAUUAAUGUAUUUUUAUUACUUUACUCUCCCCCCCCCCCCCCCCCCCAACUAAUGUGCGCUCCUGUGCUGCAGCCCCAUUGUAAAAUUGUCAACUCCGUACACCGCUGAGAAGUCAGCGGUGUACAGAAAAGUGGUUUUAAGCACACGGGGAAAGGUGCUUUUUAGGGGGGAAGGGGGGGGGGUGUAAAGUCUUUUAAAAAUACGAAAUAAAUUAAUAAAGUAUAUUACAAAAAGUGUUAUGACGUAUUAUUUUAACAAAAAUGUAUUUAAAAGUUUAGUUACUCUUUAUUAAGUGCACUGUGUGUGAUAAAGGAACGCUACAAUUUAAAGCGGCACUGUCACCCGGAUCAACCCUAUACAACCAGGCAGAUGGGCUGGCUGAUGCUGAUUAAAACGAUACCUAUCUUUUAUCUGUAGGUAAUAAGGUUGUGGAGAAAUGUGAAGUCUUAUACAUAUGCUAAUGAAUUAUUGGAGCACCAGGGGGCUGGCUUAUGCGGUUCAAGCACUGCUCCAGAGACACCCCUGACGCCCCCUCCCUUUAGGUUGACAGCCUGCGCACCUGCAGUCUAGAACGGCACGUGCACACAACAUCUUCAGCUUCAUCCCAAUGAGCAUCCCAUACUGCGCACAUGCUAUUCAUGGCACUGAACCAGAAGUGGCAGCGUCUUAAUCACGUUAACAACCCUACCAGGACAUAUGCCCGGUUGUAUGGGGUUGAUCCCGGUGAUAGAGCUGCUUUAAUAUCAUACAUUGUUCAUUCAAUGAUUCAUAGGCCAGUGUUUUAUUUCUACACAAAGUGGUAAAGAAAUCUGUUUCUGUUUUUAAAAGUUAAAAUAAAGGAAUGCAUUGUUUUAA